UGUGAGGACAUCUGCCGCACGGAGCAUGUUUGUGCCAUACAACACGUGGCUUUCAGCACUUAUGCUACCUGCUUGCAUGGUCUUAGUGCCAAGCUGGUGCCUGGUUUCCUGCUCAUACUGACUCUGCUGCCAACCCUGCACGUAUUGGAGGGGCUAUGACUGUAGGCACUGCCAGCUCACCCUCUUACUAGAUUCAUCUUUCUCCCGGUAAAAUUGGGCAACAUUACCCGAUGGAGAGAUGAACUUUGCCAUCCAUCUCCGGUGUCUGGAGAGGAAAGUGGGAUCGGACAUUUAGAUUCACCAGAGAGGGCGCUAAGAAGCACAUUGCUUCCCAAGUUUCUCGUUUUAUCCACAAAACUUGUUUGUGGUACAUGUCUUGGUGCAUUAUUCCCUUUAAUACAAAUAUAUCAAACUACCAUGCACUUGAUCACCACAGUAAAGUGAGCCAGCAGGAAGAUGGGCCCUGGAGAUUCUGUGCUUUCGAUGUAGUCCCUCCUCAAGGUCUGAACUGGAAACCCACCACGUGAUCUGCAAAGCCCCUUGGUACUUUUAAAUAAAAGACUUUUCUGAUUUGGUUUCUCAACAGUGCAAUCCUGAGGGAUUACACCUGCGGCCCGGACUCUAGGCUCUAGUCUUGUGGCUACUCUUGUAUCCUUGAGCAGCAAAGGCAGAAUCUAAACCAGUAGAAGCCGGGCUCUGGACAAAGGGUCGGGGGGCGGGGUCUGGGUCGUGGGACCGGCUUGGGGGCGGAGUCACGAACUCGCUCCUCCCCGGACGGGGCGAGAUGUGGAAGUUCCGCCCAGCAGCCCGGCCCCCGGGAGGACUGCCCCACCCCGCCCUCUUCCUGCCCGACUAGCCAGGCUGGAGGGCAGACCCGCGGUUGUGAAGUUGCCUGGAACGACAUGCCUCUGUCCGUGCACCCCCAUGUUGCCUUAGACGUGUUCGUAGCCCUGGUGAAUGCCUUGUCUUUCCUGUUGGACUUGGUCGCCGACCUUUGGGCCGUCGUCCAGUACAUGCUCGUUGGCCGUUACCUGUGGGCCGCGCUGGUACUGAUGCUGCUGGCCAUAUCCUCGGUGCUGCUACAGCUCUUCAGCUGGCUCUGGCUGACAGCUGAUCCCACCGAGCUGCACCACUUAAAGCCCUCGCGUCGUUUCCUGGCUCUGCUGCAUCUGUUGCAGCUCGGCUACCUGUAUAGGUGUCUGCACGGAAUGCACCAGGGGCUGACCAUGUGCUACCAGGAGGUGCCGUCGGAGUGUGACCUGGCCUAUGCGGACUUCCUGUGCCUGGACAUCAGCAUGCUGCGGCUUUUCGAGAGUUUCUUGGAGGCGACGCCACAGCUCACACUGGUGCUGGCUAUCGUGUUUCAGAGUGGCCAUGCUGAAUACUACCAGUGGUUUGGCAUCGGCUCAUCCUUUCUGGGCAUCUCAUGGGCGCUGCUGGACUACCAUCGGUCUUUGCGUACUUGUCUUCCCUCCAAGGCACGCCUGGGCUGGAGCUCCUCUGCUGUCUACUUCCUUUGGAACCUGCUGCUGUUGGGGCCCCGAAUCUGUGCCAUCGCCCUGUUCUCAGCUGUCUUGCCCUACCAUGUGGCUCUGCACUUCCUCAGCCUGUGGCUGGUACUACUGUUCUGGGUCUGGCUUCAAGACACAAAGUUUAUGCCUGACUCCAACGGUGAGUGGCUAUACCGGGUGACAGUGGCGAUCAUUCUUUAUUUCUCCUGGUUCAACGUGUCUGGGGGCCGAACUCGUGGCCGGGCCAUCAUCCAUCUGAUCUUUAUCUUCAGUGACAGUGUUCUGCUGGUCACCACCUUCUGGGUGAUAAACGGCACCUGGCUGCCCAGUGGGGCUUCAUUGCCAAUGUGGGUUACCAUAGGAGGAGGCUGCUUCUUCCUGGGACUGGCUUUGCGUAUGAUCUACUACCUCUGGCUGCACCCUAGCUGCAGCUGGGAACCUGACCUUGUGGAUGGGACCCGAAGACUCCUUCCUCCUCAACGUCUUCCUAAGCUGAUUUAUAACAGGCGCGCCACUCGGUUAGCAAAGGACUUCUUUGCCAAGGCCAAAGCUCAGGCUGCCCUGACAGAGGAGGUACAGCUGAAUGGAGUCCUGUGAGGCAGGGUCUGAUUCAGUGAGGAAGAUUAGGAGUGGGGUCUUGCAAGGGACAAGGGGGCCAAUCACGUGCAAGCCAUUUUUUCUUCUCCAACAGAUAGGGCAAAUCCUCAGUUGUUUGCUCCCCUCUCAGGUGAUUGGUGGUAUCCUGGUUCCUGGUUCCAGCCUGCUCUAGAUGACACUGAUUCUGGGAGAUGUUUUCAAUGGGAACUCUUCCCUACCCCAUACCAUCCACUCACUUCAACCAACACAUGCUGAAGGCACUUUAUGUUCCAGGAGCAUCAUCCUGACUUCUGAACUGGCUGCCACCAUAGCUUUUUUCCCUGCCCACCUGGACUAAUCCUGGGUAGACUCCUAAACAGCUGAGGCCAGAGAUGCCCCUCUCUUAGGCCACCUUUACACCAAGUGCCUUAUGGACCUGUGGUCAUGCCCAUUGAGUAUUUCUCAUUCUCCUACCUCAGUCUAUAUGAAAGAAGAACGUGUGCAUGUGUUUAACAGUAUUAAAACCUCACGAGAUUCUCCAAACCAGUAUGUACCAUUAAGUGUAGUCUAUCACCCUUUACAGACACGUAGCAGGGGUCUGGAACCCUUAAAACUGACAGAGACCCCUGGCAUACAGAUGUGGGCUGUCUUAGGUUUGACUUAAUUUUGCUUCCCAAGAGCAGGAACUACUGAGCCAGAGUGGGUGGCUCACUUGGCUGGCAGAACUCAUGGGUAGACUCUAGUGCAUCCUCUUAGCAGCUUUGUACUGCGCCUAAAGAGGACAUAGCAUCUCUAGGACGAAGAAGCAGGUCUGAGGGUCUGGGCGGAAGGUAAAGUACUGGGGGCCCUUUUUGGGUGAGAGGUAUGGAGACUCCUGGGAUGUGAUCGAUGGUUCUGUGGAGAUGGGAUGUUCUGCUCUGGGUGGUUUGUGGUCUGGUGGAACAGGGAACAGAAGAAAGGUACCUGGGGCAGAAGAAAAUGUUCUAGGUCCCAGUGCUGGGAUCCAAGAUAGUUCUACCAGUCAUUCAUUUAUUUGUGUGGAGGUGAAAUAAAUUGUGACCAAAACAA